AUGGGCACUCGACUUGCAUCGCGAGCUUGUUUGCUGCCACUGCCACUCCAGCUGCCACUCCCUCUGCCAAUCGACCAAGCAGCUGUCAGCAAGAUGGGGCUCAUCGUCUGCUGCCAAUUCUCCGCUCAGUUGUCAACGAUCUCUCCUGCAGGAAACCACCAGACAUCAGAAGAACUGGCCCGCUUUGCAGACCGCAUUUUAAACAUAUCGCUUGCCUUUCGACAGCUCGAUCCUGGAAACACCGGCGCCUUGCCUUCCCUCAUCACGGUCCCUGUACUCUCCUUCAUCGUGGAUAUCUCGUCGUUGCUCAAGGCCACCGAGGAGGAAGACCGUCAGUCCACCAGCUCCCCAGCGUCCGUCUCCCAGUCAGAGUCUGCACAGUCCAGCGUCGCCACAAGCGUGGCCCCUGUCCCCACCACGGCUCGUUCGGCAGUCCCGGCAAAGCGACUGUCGUCGAGCCAGGAUUUUGCCUCUCACUCCCCGGCCAAGAAGCAGUCGAAAUGGUCUCCCGAGGAGGACACAAAGAUCAUCCAGCUUCGUCAGGACGGCAUGAAGUGGGAGGAUAUCAGCAAGCAUCUGCCUGGACGCAGUGCCAUCAGCUGUAGACUCCACUACCAAAACUAUCUCGAACGGCGGAGCGAGUGGGAUGAAGACCGCAAGAAUAAGCUCGCUAGGUUGUACGAACGGUUUCGAGCCGACAUGUGGGCAAGAAUCGCCGAGGAAAUGGCCAUGCCAUGGAGAGCAGUAGAGGCCAUGCACUGGCAAAUGGGCGAACAUGAAAUGGCCAAGCGUGCAGGCGUGACACCUUUUUCCCUGGCCAACGCCGCUGGUAGCAGCUACGAACCUUCGAGUAUGGGCCCACGACCUCCGCUCCGCAAUCCUCCUCCGCGCCUGAGAAGAGAGUCGAUGCCGCACGAGAUGCAUUUUCAAGGUCCUCAACUGCCAUCGUUAGCAGAGCUCACGGCCGGACUGCCGGCGUUUUCGACACCCCCAUACCAGUCUUCGGACCCGUUCCAUCACCUGUACAACCAUCACAAGGGGCGCAACGCUCCGUUUCAAUAA